AUGGCUCCCUACUGUACGGGGGGCUUCCUGGACCAGCAGCCGUGCGUCUUCUACUUCGACGAUGAGAGCAGGUCAUUGAGCUAUUGCUAUUAUACUGCCGACUUCAAAAGUAAGUGUCGCGCCAUGCCCACAGUGGAAGCGAACUGCAGAGACUUCUACUGGUUCGCAUGGCUAAAGAAUCGAAAGCACCUGGAUUCGAACCGCAAUGGACGCAAAUACAAGAGGAGAGCAUUGCCGUUGUCCAGACCGUCGACCGACAGAUAGGCCCCCAAUGCGGCUGGCUCCUCUUGGCCACCUUAAUCUUCCUCGAGAAGAAGAAGGAUACUCACGACUCAGCACAAAACAUCACGGUCCCUCACGGGGUCCUCGCGAGGCAGGCUGCACUUUACUUCCUGGACUGGGAUGGAUACGCGACUGACCUGUGGCGCAAAUAUGGCCACGUUGGGACCCUUCCGAAUCCGCCUGAUUAUGUGCUCAUGUCUACCGCGUCCGGUAUCCGGGUUGCGGAGACCGUGUUUCGGAGCCUUGUAAUGCCCACGAUUGCAAUCUUUCACCCCGACACCCCUUUCCCCGAAGUGAGUCCUCUGCGCGGAGACACAGCAGACUUGUUCUCGGAAAAGCUUCUAGAGGCCUGCAUGCUAACAUCCGGCAGGUUGUCACCACAGUCAACGAGGAGAGCGUGACCGUGUUUGCCCGACAAACCCUAUUGCCUCAAGCGAAUGAAGGCAAGAAGCUGAACGUUGUACUCUUGAGCGGAGACGGAGGGAUUCUUGAGAUCUUCAACGCCCUCUUGGCGGAAGAUCGAAGCGAAAAGUACGAAGCGCCCCUUAUUUCUAUAAUUCCGGUGGGCACUGGAAAUGCGCUGGCUCACAGUUGCCGGAUAAUCCAAGACAACGAUGUCACAUAUGGUCUUCGCGCUUGGUUCUCUGGCAAACCAAAAGAACUUCGGCUGUUUAAAGCUACCUUCUCAUCAGGGGCAAGAGUUAUAUCCGACGAAGGUCGGCGAGAGAGAUCCGUCGAUCGCGACCAUCAGGAUAUACCUACCAUUUAUGGAGCUAUCGUCUGCUCUUGGGGCCUGCACGCUGCUCUGGUGGCCGACAGCGACACUGAGUGGUACCGCCGACAUGGAGCGGACCGGUUCAAGAUGGCUGCAAAUGAGGCUCUGUUUCCUAGCGAUGGCUCGCCGCCUCAUUCCUACAAAGGGGAAGUCUACGUUAUGCGAGAAUUCUCGGAGCAGUACGAGCGUAUCGGCGAGGGAGCACACGGCUAUGUCUUGGCCUCGGCCGUCACUCAUCUCGAGCAAGGCUUCGCAAUCAGUCCUCACGGAAGACCCCCACAGGGAAAGAUGCAUUUGGUUCGCUUUGGUCCUAUCGAUGGGCAACAGGCCAUGGAAAUCAUGAAGAAGGCGUAUGCAGGCGGCCAACAUGUCAAUGACGACCGAGUUCAGUAUAUUCCCAUCGAACGGCUACGUAUCGAGUUCGGCGAGGAGGAUGGUCGUUGGCGGCGGGUGUGUAUUGAUGGCAAGAUUGUGAAGGUUGAACAAGGCGGGUGGAUCGAAGUGCGCGCCAACCAGACGAGUGUCAUUUCUAUCGUGAGCAUGAUCUGA